AUAUUUCUAAUUUCGCUUGAAAUCAAUGUUUAUCUGUAUUUCAAACAGUUGCAGUUGUCUCUGAAUUUCGGCAAAGAAGAGUGGCGGGAGUGAACGGAUUAUUUCCUUAAUGUUGUCCGUUUUCUUUGAUUGCUACAAAUGUGUUUAUAACGCUGCUUUCGAUGGACGAAACCGCCGUACGAGCUGAAAACUCGGGUACCAGCAAUUUUUAUGUAAUCAUGACUGGAACAUAAAGGACUAAAGGAGAAGCGACAAUAUACAGAGUGCAAAGUGGACAGAGUCCGCGUUCGACUCGACAUCGCCUGAAUGUGAAUCUCGGCAUAUUAAUCGCUCCAGAAUUUCCGUCGUGCAUUCGCUCUAUUACGUGACCGCUCUGACGUACUGAUAUGGAGAAUAACACAGUGGCUUGUAUUUGCACGUUUAGCGUUCAAACGUGACUUGGUACGCACGCGAAUCUUCGAAACUUGCGGAAAUUGGUGUAUUCUAAAAAGGUAGCCGCCGAUCUUCUCUCUACAGUUUGAAAAAGCUUGAAAAUCUGCCUCGACAGAUCUGCACCUGUGCAGAUUCAUCUCGUGAUCUUGCUCGAAACGUCGUGAUUAGAGGAUGCAACGAAGUCAGUUGAGAGACAUCUCGUCCUGGAUGACGCGCCUAUUCCCGGAGCCUGGAGACGGUAGUAGCCUAAUCGACGGGUUCAAAAUGUUCGGCUCGAAAAACAGCUCGCCCACCAGCACAUUUUACACCGAUCUCGAGAUCACGGAAGAGGACAAACAGGAGUUUCACAAGGACGAACAUUCCAAGACACCGUGCUUGUCGGAGCAGCAGAGCGCGACUAGCGAGGAUGGAAACUCGCAGGAUUCAGACACGGCAACAGGUGCCGAUGAACAACAGUAUGUCAGACAUUCCUUCCACAGGAUCGCCAGUUUCGGCGGCUUCCCGAGAUUUCAGCCGUUCGUCAUGUCCGCUUCCACGCCGGCCGAAUGCCUCGAUAUCACGAGGCACGAGGCAACGUCAACAGAAACGUCCUACAUUAAGAUGUCGCAUAGCGUCCUAGAAUAUAGAAGCAGCAGAUACGUAGCCUCAGAGAGGAGGUCUCAUCAGUAUACAUUAGAUACGUAUGCGGUAAGCGAAUCCGACAGCGAAGAGGAGUCAGAGGAGACGAGAUCUUCGGAAACAGACUCGGCGAUAGUAGCAAAUCAUACAGACGACAUAUCGAUAUCGGAGCCCAAACUGCUCGCAAAGAAGGGUUCCUCGGAUUCGAAGAGGAAGAAGGCACUGCAUGUGGCGCAGGAGUUGCUUGCGACUGAGAAGAAUUACGUGAACAUUCUGCAUCUGAUCGACCAGGUGUUUCAAUUCAGAGUCGACCAAGAAAAUAGAGCGCAUCCAAUGUUCCCUCCAGAGACUGUUCAGCAAAUGUUCUCUAAUAUUAAGUCUAUUUACAAAUUUCACAAUGACUUUCUGUUGCCGCAAUUCGAGAAGAGAAUGCAAUACUGGGACUCGAAUCCGAGAAUCGGUGACAUAAUGAAAAACUUUGCGCCAUUCCUCAAGAUGUAUACAGAGUAUGUGAAGAAUUUCGACUACGCUAUGAAUCUGAUAAACUCGUUGCAAAGUAAAGUGCCCAGAUUUGCAGCGAUCAUUAAUGAAAUUCAGAAGCUUGACGAGUGCGCUAAAUUGUCGCUACCUCAUCAUAUGUUGAGUCCGAUACAGAGGUUACCGCGAUAUGAGCUGCUUCUCAAGGAUUACUUACGAAAUCUUACAGAAGAUAAUCCAGAUUACGAAGAUACGAAAAAGGCUCUUGAAUUGGUAUCCACCGCUGCGAAUCAUACGAAUGAAGCAAUGAAAAAAAUCGAUAAAUUUAAGAAACUUUUGGAGAUUCAAGAAAGUAUAUACGAUGCGACUGAUCUAGUUAGUGCGACUCGUGAAUUGGUAAAAGAAGGGCGUAUAGUGAAAAUUUCCGCGCGCAGCGGUGAUCAUCAGGAAAGACAUUUGUUUUUGUUUAGUGAUUUAUUAUUACUCUGCUCGAUAAGACUGAUACCCGGACCUUUGUACCGACUAAGAGCCAAAUUUAUGGUGGAAAAUUUACAAGUAGUUGAAGGGGACAAUCUAGAAACGGCAAAUACCUUUUACAUAAGGGACGAAAAUAAAAGUGUUGAAUUGUACACACAAUCCGCUGCGGAGAAAGCGGCAUGGCUGGACGCAUUGUUCCAAACGAUGCAAGAGAUUAUGAGACGUAAAGCCAGCCUGAAGACUGGCAAUGUUAAGACUUCCUUAGUUAAGGCCGACGACGUAACUAGGUGCAUGGUUUGCGAAGUUAUCUUCUCUGUGAUGAAACGAAAACAUAAUUGCCGGGCUUGUGGAAUAGUGGUUUGUAGUAAAUGCUCAAAUCAGAAGUUAUUAUUUGAAGACAAUAAGAAUAUGAGAGUAUGCAGAUUAUGUCAUGCCGCACUCACUCAGCCACUCGCGAAAUCACCAACAUCACCCUCUGGACCAGUGCCAAGUUUGCUGCAGGUUUCAGCGAGCGCGCCUUCAGUAUUAUCCGGCUAUCUGUUGCUGAAAACGCAGGCCAGUAAACCCUGGAUCAGACGAUGGUUCGCAUUACAUGUCGACUUUGUUCUGUAUUCAUUCAAAUCUGAGUCAGAGAGUAUGGCCAUGACAGCGACACCUAUGCCGGGCUUCAUGGUCACCGAAGGUACAAAAUUAUCUGAUGAGGACCCUCUGAACACAAAGGAUCGAAUUAGAGCAUUCAAGAUGCAUCAUUCUAGAAAGUGCUAUUAUCUCCAAGCAUCUUCUCAAGAGGACAAAGACAAAUGGAUGCACGCGUUGGAGUUGGCUACGAAGGCUGAACUACCUCAUUUUAACCAGACGGAGAAUGAAAGCGCACAAGAAAGUCAAUCGAUGAACGAUGUACAAUGAACAUUUGUACCUUUUUAUCUAUACCAAACUAGCCAAUUUUUUUACUAUCAUACUCGUAAGCGAGAGAAGGACACGGCAAUUGUACACUACAAGAGAAAUCGAGUCAAUAGCGGCCGCUGCCGAAACGCUUGUUGUUUUGUAUAAUGUUCUGUUAUAGUAUAU